CAUCAGCGGAAUCUUCUUCAAGACGACCGUUUCGAUUCUAUCGUCUGUGGAAUAACAUUUCUUGUUUUCUUCCUCCUAUCCUAUCUCUUUCAUGGACUCUUCUCUCGAUGGUGACUCCCUGAAAGGCAGUAAAAUGAGUGUUGAUGAAAAGAGAAAGCUUGUUCAUGAACUGUCAAAAGAUAAGGAUUUAGCCUUUGAAGCAUUGCAGGUGUGGACCCAUGAUGAGAUUCGACAGGUCUUAUGCGCAGAGUUAGGGAAGGAAAGAAAGUACAAGAACUUGACGAAAGCUCAGAUCAUCAACAGCCUCUUGAAAACUGUAUCAGAGAAAAAACUUCCAACGCCAAUUAAAGAGAACUCUAGAGAUCAAGAAGACAGAAAGAGAGACUCAUCAACAACAACAACAACUAAGAGAAACUCAAAAAGACAAAGGAAGAACGCUACUCCUACUCGCUAUGUGCCUCAGACCAGCUUGAGCGCUGAAUCAGUUAAAGCUAAAGGGAGCAUCUACUGUAAGAACUUGGCUUGUCAAGCUAUGCUGAGACAAGAAGACUUGUUUUGUCAAAGGUGUUCUUGUUGUAUCUGCCAUAAGUAUGAUGACAAUAAAGAUCCUAGUCUCUGGUUAACCUGCCAAUCUGAUCCUCCAUUGGCCAGUGAAUCUUGUGGCUUGUCGUGCCAUCUAGAUUGUGCUUUCAAGCAUGAGAAAUCAGGUCUUAAGGAAGAGAAGCCAAGUAAUAAUGAUGUUGAUGGAUGUUUCUACUGUGUCUCAUGUGGCAAAACCAACAGCUUGCUUGAGUGUUGGAAGAAGCAACUGUUGAUGGCAAAGGAAACAAGAAGCGUAGACGUACUUUGUAACCGUCUUGUAUUGGCUCAGAAGCUUCUUAAUGGCACGGAGAAGUACAGAAAACUAUCUGAAACCGUGGAGGAAGCUGUGAAGAGUUUAGAAACUGAGUUGUGUGGUCCUCUUACUGAUCUUCCAUCAGCCAUGUGUAGAGGAAACGUAAACAGACUUGUCUCAGCGCCAAAAGUGAAGGAUUUUUGCUCUUCUGCUUUGAAAUCCCUUCAAGAAGAAGAAGAAGAAGAAGAGGAAGCAGCUUUUGUGAAUAGCUUAAGCACCAAAGAAGAAGUAGAAACUGUUUCCGAGAAGGCGGUCAAUGGUAAGAGUUCGUUAAGGUGUGGCUUUGGGUUGGAGGAUUGCGUGAAGAUUAUACGACAGCUUGAGUGUUCAGGUCAUGUUGAUAAGAAGUUCAGACAGGAGUUUCUGACUUGGUAUAGCUUAAAAGCCAGUGCUCACGAGAUAAAUGUUGUCAAGACAUUCAUUGAUGCUUUCAAGGACGAUUCAGUAGCUUUAGCCGAGCAGCUCGUUGACACAUUCUCUGAUUGCAUAGCGAGAAAGCGGUGACAAGGAUUCUGUAUGAAGCAGCGGCAUUGAUUGGAAGUAGAUUUAUUUAGAAAGGAUUCAACUUUUGUUAGAACAAAUUGCAUGUAACAAGAAUUUGAUGAAUGGUUUGUUUUUGCUCUUUUGACAAGUAGGUCGCACGUCACUUUAGAUGUGAAUGGAACACUAGAGAGAAUCUGUGGACCGCUCUCGGAGUUUUGGAAGUUCUGAACACUUAAAAUGUGUGACCCCUACAUUUCGGCCAUAUUAGAAAUUUAGAAUCCAGUAAUUUGCUACAUGAGUUUACAAAGAGUGAAAGAGAUCAAGAGCGUAUCUGUUUUGGAAGUUCUUAAACUUUUUUGAAUCUUUCCUCAAGUCUUAAUACGUUUUAGAUGCUUGAAGAUUGAGAAAUGUAAUGAUUGAAAGUUAAGGUUUGUUUUUGGAAGAUAUUUAAAUGAUUGAAAG